AUGGAUUUGGAAAAGAUGGGUGAGAAGCAUUUGCUUCAACUUAAUGAGUUAGAGGAGAUUUGGGAUGAAGCCUAUGAGAAUGCCAAGAUUUAUAAAGAACGAACUAAGCGUUACCAUGACAAAGGCCUAAUUCGUAAGUCUCUUUACUUGGGAAUGAAAGUUCUUUUGUUUGACUCUCGUUUUAAACUUUUUCUAGGGAAGUUAAAGUCAAAAUGGAGUGGACCGUUUCCAAUAGUUCAAAUUUUUCCCCAUGGAGUGGUCGAAUUGUUAAAUCCAAGGACUGAUGAGACAUUCAAAGUCAAUGGGCAUUGUAUGAAGCCCUAUUUGGAAGAAGUCCAGGGAAAAGGGACUAUUGAGUGCAUUCAUGUGCACAAUCCUUGA